CCGGAGCGGUUGGCAGGGGGUAGCAUCUGCAGUGCAGCGGGCAGGGGCAGGGGGUAGCAUCCCCGGAGCGGUUGGCAGGGGGUAACAUCCGCAGUGCAGCGGGCAGGGGGUAGCAUCCCUGGAGCUGUUGGCAGGGGCAAGGGGUAGCAUCCCCGCUGCCCCCGGCUGGCGAGGGCCAUCUCCCCAGGCGCGGUGCCGGACCAUGCGCGGCAAGCAGGCCCGCACGCCGCGGGCCCCGACGCCGCUCUGAGCCCGGGCAGCGUGGCAUGGCGGAGGACGGCGAGGCCUGGCCGGCGCCCGCGGAGGGCCCGGUGUGGACGGCCGUGUUCGACUACGAGGCGGCGGGCGAGGAGGAGCUGACGCUGCGGCGCGGCGACCGCGUGGAGCUGCUGUCGCGGGACGCCCAGGUCUCGGGCGACGAGGGCUGGUGGACGGGCCGGCUGGGCGGCCGCGUGGGCGUCUUCCCCGGGGCCUACGUGGCCAGCGGGCCGCCCGAGAUCCCCUUCGAGGAGCUGCAGCUGGACGAGAUCAUCGGCGUGGGCGGCUUCGGCAAGGUGUACAAGGGCGCGUGGCGCGGGCGCGAGGUGGCCGUCAAGGCGGCGCGCCACGAGCCGGGCGAGGAGGCGGGCGCCGCGGCCGAGAGCGUGCGGCAGGAGGCACGGCUCUUCGCCCUGCUGCGCCACCCCAACAUCAUCGCCCUGCGCGCCGUGUGCCUCAGCCCCCCGCACCUCUGCCUGGUCAUGGAGUACGCCCGCGGCGGCCCGCUCAGCCGUGCGCUGGCCGGGCGCCGCGUGCCCCCCCACGUCCUGGUGGACUGGGCCGUGCAGGUGGCACGCGGCAUGAACUACCUGCACGACGAGGCCGUGGUGCCCAUCAUCCACCGCGACCUCAAGUCCAUCAACGUGCUGAUCCUGGAGCAGCUGUCGGACGAGGCGCUGGAGCGCUGCACGCUCAAGAUCACCGACUUCGGGCUGGCGCGCGAGUGGCACCAGACGACCAAGAUGAGCGCGGCCGGCACCUACGCCUGGAUGGCGCCCGAGGUCAUCCGCCUCUCGCUCUUCUCCAAGAGCAGCGACGUCUGGAGCUUCGGGGUGCUGCUGUGGGAGCUGCUGACGGGCGAGGUGCCGUACCGCGAGAUCGACGCGCUGGCCGUGGCCUACGGCGUGGCCAUGAACAAGCUGACGCUGCCCAUCCCGUCCACCUGCCCCGAGCCCUUCGCCCGCCUGCUGCAGGAGUGCUGGGACCCCGACCCGCACGCCCGGCCGCCCUUCGGGGCCAUCGUGGCGCGGCUGGAGGCCAUCGAGCGCUCGGCCAUGCUGGCCAUGCCCGUGGCCUCGUUCCACUCGCUGCAGGACGACUGGCGCCGGGAGAUCCAGAGCAUGUUCGACGACCUGCGCACCAAGGAGAAGGAGCUGCGGAGCCGGGAGGAGGAGCUGGUGCGGGCGGCGCGGGAGCAGAAGACGCAGGAGGAGGAGCUGCGGCGCCGGGCGCGGGAGCUGGCGGCGCGGGAGCUGGCGGUGGUGGAGCGGGAGCUGCACCUGCUCAUGCACCAGCUGCAUCUGGAGGCGCCGCGCAUCAAGCGCCGCAAGGGCCACUUCCGCCGCGGGCGCCUGCGCCUCCGGGACGGCGGCCGCAUCAGCCUGCCCUCCGGCUUCGAGCACAAGAUCACCGUGCAAGCCUCACCCGGGACGGACACGCGGGCACGGCUGGGGGCCGCCGGCGCCAGCCCCCCCGGCAGCCCCAGCAUCAUCCCCCGCCUGCGCGCCAUCCGCCUCACCCCCAUGGACGGGAGCCAGACGUGGGGCCGCAGCGCGGGGCUGAAGCCGGACGAGCUGAUGGGGAACAAGAAGAAGGGGCGCACGUGGGGGCCCAGCUCCACGCUGCACAAGGAGCGGCUGGGCGGGGAGGAGAGGCUGAAGGCGCUGGGCGAGGGCAGCAAGCAGUGGUCGUCCAGCGCCCCCAACCUGGGCAAGUCCCCGAAGCACGUGCCCAUCGUGAUCGGCUUCGCCAGCCUCACGGAAAUGGAGGAGUAUGUGGAGACGACUGGCAGCUCCCCGCGCUCCCCCGUGCCCGCCUCCCUGUUCCCGUCCCCCCCCGGGGACAUCGCCCCUCCAGCGCCCGGCGAGCUCCCGCGGCGCGGCCCGGGGCCCGCGUGGAAGCGCAGCGAGGCGGCGCUGCUGGGCUGCGCCUCCAUCCUGGCGGCCGUAGCGCUGGGCGCGGAGCUGCCGGCAACGGGCGAGGGGUGGCGGCGGAGCCGGGGGGCGCGGGGGCCACCGUCCAGCUCGGCCACACGGUUGUCGCUGUCCUCGCCCUCGUCCGACUGCAAUUCCACCAAGUCGCUGCUGCCCUCGGACAGCGACGAGCCGGGGCCGGACCCGGAGCCGGAGCCGGGGCCGGACCCGGAGCCGGUCGAGGAGCCACCCACGCCUGUGCCCGCUCCCGCCUGCCACAACCCCCUGGUUGACCUGCGGGCCGAGAGAUUCAAGAAGGAGCCGCGUCAGUCGCUCACGCCCACCCACGUCACGGUCAGCCGGGCCGUGAGCCGCGGGCACCGGCGCACCCCCUCCGACGGUGCCCUGCGACCGGACCCCGGCAUCCCCAAUGCCUUGGAGUCGCCACACCUACCCGACCCCCAGGCCCUGCUGCCCCCCCCGGCGUGGCGCCGGCCCCUGGAGGCGGCGGAGAGGCCGCGCACGCUGGAGUUCGCGCCCCGGCCUCGUCCCUCGCCUGCCCGGCCCCGCCUCGACCCCUGGAAGCUCGUCUCCGGCCAGAGCCGCGGCCCCGAGCCCCCGGGCGGCUCCAGCACCCGCCCGAGCCUGCUGGACAUGGACGUGGAGGGGCAAACUCGGGACAGCACCGUGCCGCUUUGCUGCAACCUGGAAGCCGACGCGUCCCGGUAGCCCUGGCGCCGGUGCCGUGAAUGUAUCUGCAGGGCCCGGCCCUGACCUGACCUGGGCCCCACCCCCCCAGGCUCUUGGGGGGGCACCAGGACUUCCCCCCACAGCUGCUGGGCUCUGGGGGCUCCAGGAUGGACCCAGCCCUCCGGCCCGGGGCCCUGAGAGAUCCCACCGCACGCACCAAUGCAGCCGGCUUGGGCCCUGCUGUGCCAGGACGGCUGGGGGGGAUAGUGGGGGGGUGUAUUUAUGGCGGGGGGACAACGAUUCCCCCUGCACCUUAUUUAAAUCUCUUGUGCUGUUUGUACAAAAAAAAAAAAAACAAAAAAAAAAAAUAUGAAUGAGAGCGAGGAAGAGCCGUGGCCUGGCUGCGCCGCAGGGCCCUGCCGUGCCUCCCCCACAAGCGGGCACUGGGGAGGGUCAGAUCCAGGGGUACAUGGAGGCCUGGGUGCUACCCCAACAU